AUGACCGAACAGAGCAAAAAUAAAGUUCAGUUUGACCAAAGUAUAGAAGCAGAAGAUGUUUCCAGUUGGUAUUAUGGAAAUUAUUAUUGGAAGGACUUCCAAUAUCUAAAUUCUGUUAGAUCAAGAGAUAAUGAAACGAGACAAGUUAAAACAGAUCAUUUAGAAACGAAGAAGGGGACGAUAGCUAACUUCUGGGCAAGGGAAGUGUUAAGAGGUCUAAAACAAUUUUUCUACGGAGGAUCACUGCAUGGAGUCAAGUACAUUUUCGAGCCGACCUUCAGCAACCGAGAGCGCAUCACUUGGAUCAUCAUUGUAGUCAUCAGCCUUGCCUUCUGCGCCAUCAACAUCAUCAGACUCUUCAGCAAGUACACCUCUACUCCCUUCGUCAACGUCAUCGACUCUCUGCCUACCCCGAUCUGGGCAGUACCGUUUCCAACGGUGGUCAUAUGUCCGCAUUUGAGAGUCAAGUCUUCGUUUGUCAAUGUUUCGGGAUUGAAACCACUAGAAGAAUUCUUCGCUUCAAAUAUUUGCCCGCGUGUUCUUCCCACAAGAUUGGCGGAACGACUCACUCCUAAGGAAAAUAUUCUUUUACAGAACUUUUUAAACGCGGGUUCCUUAAAAUGCUCUGACGUAGUCAAGCGCUGCAACUGGCCUGCCAAACCUGAUACCACGUCAGCCACCAUUGAUUGCUGCAAAGAGUUUUUUAGACCUAUCUUCACGGACUACGGCUUGUGUUACGCUUUCAACAGCCUGCCCUUGAGCGGCAUGACCAAAGAUAUGCUAGUUUGGCACAAAAGUUUUUCCACCGUCCCAAAUGAAAGUGCUUUGUCUUGGAACUUAGACGGAGGGUAUCCAGUGAACUAUCCAUCCGACCCGAACAUCUACCCAUACAGGGUGAUGCUAGCUGGAGAGGCUUUUGGUCUGGACGUGGAACUGUUUUUGAAUAAAAGCGAGCACCAAUUCGCUUGUGAUGGAAACAGCCUGGGCUUUACGGUUCUCAUCAGAUCUCCAACCAAUCAUGCCUAUACUAGCACUGUCCUUCGUAUCCCAAUGGAUAAGAUGACAACAGUGGAAGUGUCACCGAUUACGUACAAAACAGACGUGGGCUUGAGGGUGUUAGACCCUGAACGAAGGCAGUGUUACUUCCAGAACGAAAGGAAGCUGGAGUAUUUCCAGUUUUAUACGGAGACGAAUUGUAAAAUGGACAUUUUUAUACGAGAGUCCGUGUUGCAAUGUAACUGCUCGCUUUUCAACUGGCCGAGAAAAGCUUUAGAAGAUCCUAUCUGUUCCACAAUAGCUGAUUACGAGUGCAUUGAUAAAGUCAAAGGUAUAGUAACAAAGCAGCAAAUCUUCGCUUACUACGACGAUUGCGAAGAAGGCAAGGUCUCCCACAGCAGCAGUAACUCCUGCCACCCAUCCUGUAAUGACGUCAUCUACUACAGCCAGGUCUUCUAUUCCGACCUGGUCAAGGAACCUGGUGACCCGUCCCCGACAUGGGGUGAUCCACAACGAGGUGAAUUAACACAACUGAAUGUACACUUUUACGAAGAUAUGUUCUUGGGUCAACAUAGACAUGCUCAGUAUGACGACUACUAUUUUGUCGGGGCUAUAGGAGGCUUGCUCAGCCUUUUCCUCGGGUUCAGCAUAAUCAGCGUAGCAGAGCUGGUUUAUUUCGUGAUACUGCGUCCGGUUUACGUAGUUUUUAUAGAUGUGAUCAAGGAUUUUAACUGUGAAUAA